AUGGACAGAAAAUUCUUCUGCGGUUAUGUCUUUGUAGUCCUCGCAGCAACCAUUCGCACGAGCUCACUCGCGGAGCAACAGCAUGCGGUCGCAGGCCUUGACGACAACAACAAUCCCCUUCCGAGCUACUCUCCGGCCAGGCCUCCUGCUGUCCCUCUAGCAGUGAGGAGCCCCUAUCUAAGUGCUUGGUCCAAGACGGCUGGUGGAGCUACCUUGAACAGCGCCAAUGCUAUAUUCUGGCAAGGUGCCCCCAUUGGAUGGGAAGGCAUAGUGGCAGUAGAUGGGAUCUCGUACGAAUACCUCGGAAUUGGAUCGCAAUGUCCACCCACCCCGGCCAAAUUGCAGCCUGCCAAGCCACAAACUGUCAGCUACGAUUCCCAGUACUCCAACUUCACCUUCCUCGCCGGCCCCGACGUAUGCCGGAGCUCUAUCCCGCUCAGCUACCUCACAACCACCGUCAAGUCGAACGACUGCGAGGAGCAUAGCGUGCAGUUUUACUCCGAUAUCAACGCCGCUUGGGCCACACCAGACCGCCAUAUACCUGUUGUCUGGGACCUCAAGGUGGACGGCCAAGCUUAUCUCCCUACCGCCAUCGACGUCGCCACCCAAGAUUUGACAGGCUCAGCAAGCACAAUAUUCUCCUGGGUCUACUGGCUUGCGAAUGCCUACAUCUUCGGAGAGAACGCCGAGUUCCCACAAUGGGGCAACAUCACCUACAGCACGAGCUCCGAGGGCUUCAAAUGUUUCAGCUUCGAGAGCGGCUUUGCCACAGAUUUGCGGGCCCAAUUCGUCAACCAGCGUGUGUUGAACAACGCGGUCGAUCGUGACUAUCGAGGCUGGGGAUCUCGUGAGCCUGUCUUCGCAUUUGCGCAUGAUGCCGGCAACGUCACCUCGGCACAGGUGCGGUACACAAUCGGUUCGAUCCAGACGCCGGUGGUCCGCUAUCUCAGCGUCACGGGUUCCGGCGCCGUGUCGCCGUGGUGGGAGAGGUGCUACGGAGAUAUGUACUCCAUGAUCGAUUUUCAUUGGAACGAUUUCGAAGCCGUGUCUCAGUUGGGCGCCACCUUUGAGGCUCAGUUGAGGGCGGACGUCAGCGGCUACUACAAGGGCAGCGAGAACUACACGAGCCACGCCCGGACAAAUGUCAGCUCAAGUCCGACAAGGUCUUCCGCACUUUCGAAUGUGUCUGAGCAGUACGCGGAUGGUAUAGACCGGUACGGUCAACAAUACAAGUUCGAUCCGAACAACGCGUACGGAUUCUUGGCCAUGGACAACUCCAGCGGCGUUGCAAUCCCCGACAUUGACGAGGCAGAAGCUUAUUACACCAUCGUAGCUCUCUCGGCUCGGCAAGUCAUGGGCGCUUAUGUCUACGCCAUCCCACCCUCGGGCGCUGCGAGCUGCGGUGAGGGCUCGCACGACUCAAAUGGCGAAGUGCCCCUAAUGUUCCAGAAGGAAAUAUCAUCCGACGGAAACGUAAACACAGUAGAUGUGCUCUAUCCAGCCACCCCGUUCUUCCUUUGGGCAAACCCGGAGAUGCUCAAAUACACGCUCGAGCCCAUCUAUCAAAACACAGAAUCCGGCUUCUACCCGAGUGGGUACUCGAUGCACGACCUCGGAACGCAUUACCCCAAUGCCACGGGCCACACAGACGGCAUUGACGAGUUCAUGCCAGUCGAGGAGAGCGGCAACAUGCUGCUCAUGUCGUACGCCUACUACAAGUUCACGGGCGACGCGGCCUGGCUCAGCGCCCACUACCCAACCCUGAAGCAGUGGGCCGAGUUCCUCGUCGGCUUCAGCUUGAUCCCCGCCUACCAAUUCAGCACGGAUGACUUUGCCGGGCAGCUGGCGAACCAGACGAACCUCGCCCUCAAGGGCAUCCUCGGAUUGCAGGCAAUGGGCGCCGUCGCGCAGGCCGUGGGCCAGCCCGCCGGCGCAGCCAACUUCUCCGCGAUCGCGGGCGACUACUACCGGCAGUGGGAGGCCCUCGCCAUCGACCCGACGGAGAACCACACCCUCCUCUCGUACCAGUGGCGCUCAAGCUGGGGCCUCCUGUACAACACCUACAUGGACACCCUCCUGGGCCUCGGCACCGUCAGGCCCGAGCUGUACAAGAUGCAGUCGGACUGGUACAGCAGGCAGAGCCAGGUCUACGGCGUGCCCCUCGACAGCCGCCACCUGUACACCAAGAGCGACUGGGAGAUGUGGGCGGCCGCGACGUGCAACCCCGGGACGCGGAGGCUGUUCGUCAACGCCCUCGCGCACUGGGUCAACUCGACGCCGACCGAGUUCCCGCUCACCGACCUCUACGACACCACCGGCGUCGGGGGGUACCCCCCGGACUUGGUGUUCAAGGCCCGGCCCGUGGUCGGCGGGCACUUCUCGCUCCUGGCGCUGUACCGUGCUGGUUUGCUGGAUGGCGGACGAGGGCCCAACGGGUCAGCAUUCGUCCCGCAGUAG